ACAAGGAGCUUGGCUUUGGCUUAUAAAUUUAGAACAACCCACUUGCCUCCAAUUCAGAAUUAUUAGCUUAAGAGCAACAAGAGGCAACCUUACACAGUCCUCCUUCACCAGUCCCUCUCCCUCUGCCUCUCCCUUUCCCUCUUCCUCCUAGUUUGGUCAGAGAGAGACACACAGAAACACAUAUAUAUAUAUAGCAGCAGGGGCAUACAUGGAAAUGGAACAAAGGAGGCAGAAUCACAAAGUUGAGGCCAUUAACACAUCUGACAUGGCUGAAGAGAUGACUGUUGAUUGGAGGGGCAGACCUUCCAAUCCUACCGAGCAUGGUGGCAUGAGAGCUGCUGCAUUUGUUCUUGGGCUUCAAUCAUUUGAGAUAAUGGGAAUUGCUGCAGUUGGGAACAACCUCAUAACAUACGUGAUAAAUGAGAUGCAUUUUCCUUUGUCGAAUUCGGCCAACGUAGUGACAAACUUUAUUGGAACUGUCUUUCUCUUAGCCCUUGUUGGCGGCUACCUCUCCGAUUCCUAUCUUGGGAGUUUCUGGACCAUGCUUAUCUUUGGUUUUGUGGAACUUUCGGGUUUCAUAUUACUAUCAGUCCAAGCUCAUGUUCCGCAGCUAAAGCCACCGCCAUGCAACGUUAAUAACGGAGAGGAGUGUGUAGAGGCAAAAGGGUUCAAGUCAUUAAUCUUCUUUGUGGCACUUUACUUGGUGGCAUUGGGGAGUGGCUGUGUGAAGCCAAACAUGAUCGCUCACGGGGCUGACCAGUUCAACCCAGAUGACCCGAAGCAGUCCAAGAAGCUCUCCACCUACUUCAACGCUGCCUACUUGGCCUUUUCCAUGGGUGAACUCGUCGCCCUUACUCUUCUUGUGUGGGUCCAAACUCACUCUGGAAUGGAUGUUGGCUUUGGAGUCUCAGCAGCCGCCAUGGCCAUGGGAUUAAUCAGCUUGGUUUCCGGUACCCUAUAUUACAGGAACAAGCGACCUCAAGGAAGCAUACUCACUCCCAUUGCUCAAGUUUUUGUGGCUGCAAUGCUAAAGAGAAAGCAGGCUUGUCCAUCUAAUCCACAGUUGCUCCAUGGAAACCAAAACAAUGUGCUUCAUGACAAUACUACUUUCUUUUCUGACGCUGCCAGCUUUCUUCACACUGAAAAGUUCAGGUUCUUGGACAAGGCUUGCAUUAAAAUUCAAGAUGGCACUAAUUCAAAGGAAAGCCCGUGGAGAUUGUGCACCGUUACUCAAGUGAAGCAAGUCAAAAUACUACUUUCAGUUAUUCCAAUUUUUGCUUCCACCAUAAUUUUCAACACAAUUUUGGCUCAGCUCCAAACUUUCUCAGUCCAACAAGGAAGUAUGAUGGACACCAAGCUUACCAAAUCCUUCCAUAUCCCUCCAGCUUCACUCCAAUCCAUCCCUUACAUCAUUCUCAUCGUCCUCGUCCCUCUCUACGACACUUUCUUUGUACCCUUUGCUCGAAAAUUCACCGGUCACGAUUCUGGCAUCUCUCCAUUAAUGAGAAUAGGGUUUGGACUCUUUUUUGCAACUUUUUCGAUGAUCGCGGCUGCCAUCAUGGAGGAAAAGAGAAGGGAUGCAGCUGUGCAUUCGAACAAAAUAAUUUCCAUUUUUUGGAUCACCCCACAAUUCUUGAUCUUUGGAUUAUCAGAAAUGUUCACUGCCGUAGGCCUCGUUGAGUUCUUUUACAAGCAAUCCUUGAAGGGGAUGCAAGCAUUUUUAACUGCCUUGACCUAUUGCUCAUAUUCGUUCGGGUUUUACCUGAGCUCUCUACUUGUCUCUCUGGUGAAUAAGAUCACAACCUCAUCACGUGGUGGUGGUUGGCUGGGUGACAAUAAUCUCAACAAAGACAGACUGGACCUUUUCUAUUGGUUGCUGGCAGGCCUCAGCUUCCUCAACUUCCUCAACUAUCUAUUUUGGUCUCAUUGGUACUCUCACACCCCGUCCUCUUCAUCAGCACCAAGUGCGCUACCCCAGCUGCAUGCUCAUGAUACUACUUGCAUGGAGGAUUAUAAACAUCAUAGACUGGAUGAUAAUAUACCAUAACUUAUUUAAGAAUAUUUAGGGUAGUCUUUUCUAAGAAAAUAGCUCUGAAUUAAUGAAGGUGAUUAAUAUAUAGGGCUCUGAUCGAUCUAUCGCAUAUACACAUAUAUAUGUUCGUAUUAUGUAUAGAAAUCAGUCGCAUGCCGUAUAAGAGAAGCCAAAUUACUAUAUAUCAAUAUGAGCAUAUAUAAUGGAGAGAUGCAAAACUUGAGAUGUAAAAAUUAUGUUUAGAUUACGUUUUAUAUUUUCAUAAUAUGUAAAAGUUAAAUCUACUCUAGUGUGAGAGAUGUAAUUUGGAUCACAUUUUUCUCUCUUUGAUUGAUAGGUCACGUUCAUUUGAGAGAUGUAAUCUAGAUUAUGUUUUAUAUUGUAAAUUUAUAUUUUCCAACGAAUAUGAAUAUUUUAGACUCCA